AUGUCUGACCAACAAAACAAUCCAGACCAAUUGGCCAACAACUUGGCUAAUGCUUCAUUAGGUGAAGAUCAAAAGCAACAACAACAACAAGGACAACAAAAUGCUUUCAAUCCAAACCAAGCUCAAUCUUUUGUUCCUACUGGUGGAUACCAACAAAACUAUAAUCAAUAUCAAGGAGGUUAUCAACAAAACUAUAACCAAUACCAAGGAGGUUAUCAACCAAAUUACAACAACAGAGGUGGUUACCAACAAAAUUAUAACAACAGAGGCGGUUACCAACAAAACAGAGGUGGUUACCAACAAAACUAUAAUAACAGAGGUGGUUACAACCAACAAUAUGGUGGAUAUAAUCAAAAUCAACAAUAUGGUGGAUACCAACAAUAUAACCCACAACAACAACAACAACCUCAACAAUCUCAAGGUAUGUCAUUAGCUGAUUUCCAAAAACAAAAGGCUGAACAACAAGCUUCUUUGAACAAAGCUCCAGUUAAGAAGACCCUUAAAUUGGCCAGUUCUUCAGGUAUUAAAUUAGCUAAUGCUACUAAGAAAGUUGAUACUGCUAAGCCACAAUCUAAAGAAGCUUCACCAGCUCCAGCUGCUGCUCCUGCUAAGGAAGAAGAGGCUAAAGAAGAAUCUAAACCAGUUGAAGCCAAGGAAGAAGUUAAACCAGUUGAAACUAAAAAGGAAUCCAGCACACCUACUCCCGUCGCUAAGAAAGAAUCAACUCCAGCUAAAAAGGAUUCUACUCCAAUCUCCGCAUCUACUUCUGUAGCUACUGCUGAUGCUAUUGUCAAAGAACAAGAAGAUGAAAUUGAUGAAGAAGUUGUUAAUGAUAUGUUUGGAGGUAAAGAUCACGUUUCUAUUAUUUUCAUGGGUCAUGUUGAUGCUGGUAAAUCUACCAUGGGUGGUAAUAUUUUAUAUUUGACUGGAUCUGUUGAUAAACGUACUGUUGAAAAAUAUGAAAGAGAAGCUAAAGAUGCAGGUAGACAAGGUUGGUAUUUAUCUUGGGUUAUGGAUACUAACAAAGAAGAAAGAAAUGAUGGUAAAACCAUUGAAGUUGGUAAAGCUUAUUUUGAAACUGAUAAAAGAAGAUACACCAUUUUGGAUGCUCCAGGUCAUAAAAUGUAUGUUUCUGAAAUGAUUGGUGGUGCUUCUCAAGCAGAUGUUGGUAUUUUGGUUAUUUCUGCAAGAAAAGGUGAAUACGAAACUGGUUUCGAAAAAGGUGGUCAAACUAGAGAACACGCUUUAUUGGCCAAGACUCAAGGUGUUAACAAGAUUAUUGUUGUUGUUAACAAGAUGGAUGAUCCAACUGUUAACUGGUCUCAAGAAAGAUACCAAGAAUGUACUACUAAAUUGGGUAUGUUCUUGAAAGGUAUUGGUUACAACAAAGAUGAUAUUAUUAACAUGCCAGUUUCUGGUUACACUGGUGCUGGUUUGAAGGAUAGAGUUGAUCCAAAAGAUUGUCCAUGGUACACUGGUCCAUCUUUUAUUGGAAUACUUGGAUAA